AUCACUACAUGUGGCUUAGAGAAAUGUCUAGCUGAGCCUACAUGCAAAAGGAUUUUAUUUGUUUGUAUCGUCUUAUAGAAAUCUGCAAAAGAGCAAGGAAUAUUACUAACAGAAUUUAAAAAAAGGUGAAACCAUGUCAGAUGAAACUGGUCAGGAAACUUUACAAACUGAAAGUUCGGAAGGAUUACCAACUGUUGAUACAGAGCAGAAUGCUUCGCAGCAACACUCGAAUGAUUUAGAUUCUGAAUAUAAUAUGAUUAAAUCCUAUACCCGAAUUCCCUUCAAACUCUCGAAGCAUCCAGCAAGUCUGGAUGAAAUAAAACUGAAAGGAUCAAAUGAAAAUACACGUAAAAGAGUUCCAAAACCAAAGAAUAGCAAAAGUGAUAAAGACAAGAACGCUAUCAAAAGCCCUCAACAUUCUUCAGAUGAUAAACUUUUACCUGCUAUCAAUGUGCACAAGAUAUCAAAAAUAUUUCCUACAUUAAAUGCAUACAAGCUACAGCUUGCUCGUGAAAGAACAGAAAAUGCUAUGAAGCUGAACCAAAUAUUUACUAUUCAAGGAGGCUAUUCGACUGUACGAUGUUGUCUACGACAACGUGGCUGGGUGGAAAAUUGUUUCCAAAUGACUAAAAUUUGUAAGCAACCUCAGGUAAAAACCAAUCCUUUGGAUGAUAUUCAAGAUGCUACAGGGGAUGAUGCUGAUAAUGACAUUAAUGAAGAUGAUAAUGAUAUUUCUAAUGUAAAGUUGAAGGAAGAAGAUAGGCUUUAUAAUAUAAUGUCCAGAAUGGUCCGAAAUGUGCAACCAUCUUUGAUUUGGGUGUUACAAAGAGAUUAUGUUGAUCAUCGAUUAUUAAACAAAGAUCAAAUGAUUAAUCAUUUUCUGCAUUCAGGAGUAUUUACCACAAAGGUUGGUUUGUGCUUGAAUUUACGAAAUCUUCCUUGGUAUGACGAAACAGAUCCACACACAUUUUUUCCUCGUUGUUACCUACUCUGUCAUAGUGAAGAAAAACAAGAAUUUAUUGAUGACUUCAAUCUUACUGCCUGUACAAGUAUUUUAAAAAUUGUCCUUGAGGCAUACUAUUCAGCUUCUAGAAGAUACAACAAGAAAUACAAUGAAGAGAUUGACAAAAUCAUUGCAGUCGAUAGAAGAGGGGAAACUGAAAAUCUUAAUUUCGGAGAAAAAUCAGAAAAAAAAGAUCAAAAGAAAACCAAAAGAGAAAUUCUCAGAUUACCAGCUGCCAUAGUUGAACAGGCUGUCAGGUACUGUGAUCUAUUUUUAGGCAGCAAGGAUAAUCAAGAUCUUGAUUCCAGAGUUGAAAAAUCUCUAAAUGAAGCCGAAUUAGCAGAUUUACGUCAUUGGCAUUAUCGAGUUAUACAUUCUGAUUUAGCCAUUGAAGGUGUGACUCCAGCCUUAGCCAACCUAUGUGAAAGCACCUUAAAACGUCUUCGAUUGCAGUGUCCUCAGUUAUAUUUGGAUGGCAAACACAAUAUAUGGAUCCUUAAACCAGGUGCCCAAUCUCGAGGAAGAGGUAUAAGUUGUUAUGAUGAUUUGGAUAGUAUCUUAAAAAUUGAUGAAGGGAAUGUGAUAAAGAAGGAAUCAAAAUAUGUGAUCCAAAAAUACAUUGAACGGCCUUUACUGAUUUAUAAUUGCAAGUUUGACAUUAGGCAAUGGUUUUUAAUCACAGAUUGGAAUCCACUUACUGUGUGGUUUUACAAAGACUGUUAUCUGCGGUUUUGUUCACAACAGUUUACUCUUAAUGACUUUAAUGCGUCAAUUCAUCUGUGUAACAAUGUGAUACAAAGAAAUUAUAAAAACGGUCCCCGAGCCAAAGAACUACCUGAAAAUAACAUGUGGACUCAUCAUCAAUUUAAAAAUUAUCUCAGAAUGCAGUCCAGCUCUGACUUGUGGGAAGAGUCAAUUUAUCCAAAAAUAAAGAAAGCAAUAAUCUGCUCAGUAAUUGUAUCUCAGGAACUAGUUGAAUCCAGAAAGGGCUCUUUUGAACUGUAUGGUGCUGAUUUCAUGUUGAGUGAUGAUUACAUUCCAUGGUUAAUAGAAAUUAAUUCAAAUCCUAGUAUGCAGCAUAGUACAGAAGUAACGUCAGUGUUAUGUUGUAAAGUAUUAGAAGAUACACUUAAAGUUGUUCUUGAUCGAAAAUAUAACAAAUGUUGUGAUACAGGAAGUUUUGAGCUGGGUUACAAACAGAGUGUAAUAAGUUGUCCUCUGUAUCUUUGCUUAAACAUGUCUAUUGAAGGCCAAAGAAUAAAGACCCCAACUUCAGUUGGGAAACAAAUUUUGAGAAGUCCAUCAGUAAGAAGUCCAUCUGUAAGAAGUGCAUUAGUAAGAUGUUCAUCCGUAAAUAGCAAAUUUAAAAAAGGAAAUGAGUUGAUGCCAAAAGAUAUGGAUCGAAUCUCAGGCUCAUUAAAAUAUAGAAAAAACACAAAAAGUGUCAAUUCAAAUUGCCAGUUUUUGAAUGAUAUGAAUGCUGUAAUGAAUAUUAAUAGAAGCAAAAUAUGUAAACCCAAAGCUUGUUUUGGAAAAUUUCGAACUAUUAGACCAAAGGAAGAAAAUGGAGAUCAGUCACUACUUGUAAGUACGAGUUUUGGAGAGAGACAGUUUAGAUCACGAAAUAGUAAAAAUAUACUUCUUACUCAACGAAACAGAAGGAGUCCAGAAAUCAAAUCUUUUAAGCAACAGAAUCAUAAACUGUCUCUUACUGAAUGUAGGAGUUCCAAAGAAGCUUUCAAGGCUCAUGUACGUAAAACUUUAGUUCCUAACAUUGCUCACAUAAUAUUUCCAAUGAUCUCUAGAAUUUCUGCAUUGAAAUAAAAUGCAGAGUAUAGUUCACAAAAACUGGUGAUUUGACUUAUUUCUGGAGCUAAUUUCAUUAAACCAAGGAAAUUAUUUCUGGUUGAAGUAAUUUCUUAUUAAAAAGUUGCUUCAACAAUUGAUAAAUUUCUGAACUAAGAAAUAAUGUACUUGAAACAUUGGAAAAUAAUGAAAAAUUGAACUAUUUUAAGUAUUGUAAAAAAAAGUCCAUCUUUUGACAAUUGAUCAGUUAAUCAAAACUUUCUGUGACAAAUUCAGUUUUUGCUGUUAAAAGCAUUCAGAUUAAACUUGAGCAUUUUUGAGCAAAUAAAUACUUACCAUACUCAUUAUACUUCCAUAUUUUGAUAAUGCUUUUUUGCUUUUUAUGUUUUCGUUAUGUGAAAGAAUGAAACUAUGCUUUAGAAAUUCUUGAAGGAUUAUAUUUUCUGUCAGCAAGAAGUUUGAUUUCAUGAUUUCUAAUAAAAGAUUUUACAAGUAAUUUUCUUGAUUACA